AAGAACAGCAAAGGAAAAGUUGAUGGUGCUUCUUUGGGGUUGAGAAAAGUGAAGGAUACAUAUAAAAAUGUGGAGGAUUAUAUGAAAACUUUUGAGCCCCUUUUAUUUGAAGAAGUCAAGGCACAGAUUGUACAGCAACAGAAAGACGAGGGAGAAGUGGCAGAAUGGAAGAUGAGACUGGUGAUGGAAUGCAGUGAGGCUGAUGGGUUUCACUUUCCAGCAGUGACCUAUGAAGCUGAUGAGGACGAGUCGAUAUUCCAGAAUGACCUUUUGCUAUUAUCAAAAGAAGAGUUUAAAGAGGGGAGUAAAAAUCUCCCAACAACUUAUGCGUUUGCAUUGGUGGAACAUCGCCAGAAAAAUCUUCUUAGACUUAGAAUGUAUUUGAAGGAGGAGGUUUUGCAUAUCAAUAAGGAUGCUAAAUCUUCUCAGAGGCUGUCAGACAUGCGAGCCCUAAUUACUUCUUCUGCUACUGCUAUAGACAAACGCUUGUUCAGUAUAAAGAUUUGCAGUUUAUCUACUAUUACCCGUGAAUAUGCAGCUUUAUGGUCUGUGGGCUCUCUCCCAUUCACGGACUUAAUACUGACAGCUGCAGAAAAAAAUUAUGGUUUUGGAGAUCCAGCCUGGAAAAUUUCUGGAUCCCUGCAUGAUCAUUUUAAAGAGAAUCUGAACAAAUCUCAAAAAGAAGCCAUUGAUGUUGGUCUAUCACGUAAACCUUUUGUGCUGAUACAGGGGCCUCCGGGAACUGGAAAAACGCAGACAAUUCUUGGGCUCCUCAGUGCCAUUUUGCAUGCAACUCCAGCAAAAGCGCAUUUCAAGGGUGACAUAUAUGGGAUAAGACUUGGGUCAGAAAUGUCCACGGAAGAAAAAAAAAAUUAUUGGAGACGAGGAUCUCCAUGGCUAAAUGGUAAUAAUCCCAGAGAUAUUUUCAUGCCUGUUGAUGGUGAUGAUGGUUUCUUCCCAACAACUGGAAAUGAGUUAAAACCAGAGGUGAUCAAUUCCAUACGCAAGUAUCGUACUCGGGUGCUGGUAUGUGCCCCCUCGAACUCUGCACUUGACGAAAUCGUGUUACGGCUUCUGAAAUCUGGUCUUCAUGAUGAACAUAGCCGCAGGUAUACUCCUAAAAUUGUGCGAAUUGGUCUUAAGCCACAUCAUUCUGUUGCCACAAUGUCCUUGGAUUAUCUUGUAGCGCAAAAACUUGGUUCAGCUGCUGAUAAACAGAAACAAGGAGCCACGGGAAUGGAUAGAGAUAGCGUUCGUGCUUCCAUUCUGGAUGAGGCUGCAAUUGUCUUCUCUACCCUCAGCUUUAGUGGGUCAGCACUUCUAACAAAAUUAAAUCGCGGUUUUGAUGUUGUCAUAAUAGAUGAAGCUGCACAAGCUGUAAGUAUCUUUCUAUAUUCUUUUUGUGCCUACAACCGUUGUUAAAAGUGUGGGUCAGGGCUUGAAUAC